UAAUGCGCCCCCGGUGCGCCCGGCCGACCUCAAGGGUCAAAGCUCGCCACCGAGCCCGCCGGCUAAUCAAAGAAUCUCCGAUGGAGAUCCACCCCACGAGCACCAGCUCAUAAUUGUCGACCACUUGAUCUACGUGCUCUUCCCUCCAACCGAUCCAUGGAUCCCUCUAUUUAUACCCCGGUACCCGCGCAUUCCUUCCUCACCAACUCCGGCGGCCAGUGCUCGUACGUACGUCUUCCCCAGUUAGCUCGUGCUGUCUUCCUACGCAAAGCUUAAUUAGGUAGCUUGGUAAACAUGGCGCCUCAAAGCCUGGAUCUUGGGCUGAGUCUUGGCCUGGGCCUGGCGUCCCAGCCUAGCUUUUGCUACUCCGGCAAUGUCGUUGCGACGGCCGAGCGGGAGGUUAGCCCGGCCGUAGUGGAGGAGAGGAGGUGCUCGCCUGCGGGCAGCCCGGUGUCGAGCGGCAGCGGCAGCGGGAAGCGCGCGGCGGAGAGGUCGGCUGGCGCAGGCAGCGGCGACGAGGACGACGACGGUGGCGCACGCAAGAAGCUGCGGCUGUCCAAGGACCAGACCGCCGUCCUCGAGGAGUGCUUCAAGACCCACCACACCCUUACCCCGAAGCAGAAGGCGGCGCUGGCGAACAGACUGGGCCUGCGGCCGCGGCAAGUGGAGGUGUGGUUCCAGAACCGCCGCGCCCGGACCAAGCUGAAGCAGACGGAGGUCGACUGCGAGUACCUGAAGCGGUGGUGCGAGCAGCUCGCGGAGGAGAACCGGCGCCUCGGGAAGGAGGUCGCGGAGCUCAGGGCGCUCAAUGCCGCGGCGGCCGCACCGGCGCCGGCGCCCCCGUUGACCACCCUCACAACGUGCCUCUCCUGCAGGCGCGUCGCCUCGUCCUCCUCUAACGCGUCCAGCAUUCCCUCCGCACACCCGCACGGGCACGCGGCCACCAAUGCUGGCAUCGCCUCUCCGGCGGCGGGUUUACCCGGCCACCGGCAGUUCUUCUGUGGAUUCAGAGAUGCCGGAGCGGCGGCAUACUCAUCUGCGCUUGCAAAGGCGGUCAAGGCGGCCAGAUAGAACCGGCUAGCCACCUCUGCUCUGCUCUGCUGCCAUCAAAAUGGCAAAGUUACAGUCGCAACUCGCAAAGCAAAAUGUAGCAGAAAAGUUUGGAUUUCUGUGUCUUUUGAGGGAAAUGCAAGCUAGUUUUGGACGUGUUAUUAGGAUCAGUUGAUGAGUUCCCUGCAGAUUAAUGUAUCCAUGUGAAAAGCAGCUGUAAUAACGGAAAGAAGCUAACCGUAUGUGUCA